AUGGCAACCAUAACUAAGACGACCACCACGGCCAUCACGGCCAUUGGCUGUCCAACUCUGACCUUCCGUCCCCUUCACCCCACAUUAGGUGCCGAGUGUGAGGGCGUGGAUUUCUCAAAACCAGUCCCGGACGCUGUCAUCGAACAGCUUCGUGCCGCAAUGGCUAAAAAUGGCAUCCUGGUCUUUCGUGCCACCGGACUUGACGAUGCACGCCACACUGCCUUUGCGCGCCAAUUAGGCGAACCGAUGGUGGAUAGCGCGGUCGGGAAACCGGGAGUGCCAAACCGACUCGAUCCUAAAGGUGAGCUGAUGGACAUUGGGAAUGUGGACGGCGACGGUCGGAUCCUGUCGACAACGUCGUGGCGGUCGCAGCUGCUCCGGGGCACACGCCUCUUCCACGUAGAUGGCUCCUACUUCCAACGCCGAGCGGGAUAUAGCCUUCUCCGUGCGCAUCAACUGCCCCCAAGGGGAACCGGCGGCGCAACGGCAUUUGCUGACACCAGGACUGCUUAUGCCGACCUAGCGGAGGAGACCAAGAACGAAAUUCAGAAUCAUGUGCUAUGGCAUUCGCUCAUGCAGAGUCGAUAUUUGGGAGCCCCGGAGAAUUGGCUCAUCAGGUUGCUGCCUGAGGCUGCAACAUCGCGUGGACGUCAUCAACUGGUACAGCUGCACAAGCCCAGCAAUCGAAUGAAUCUGUACUUGGGAUCACAUGCGUACCAGAUAGACGGAUGGAGCAGGGCAGACAGCAAACCCGUGAUUGAGGCAUUGAUGCGGCAUGCUAGUCAGGAUAAAUAUGUCCUCACCGUGGACUGGCAGAACAAUGGAGACAUGAUUAUGUGGGACAACACUUGUGUGAUGCACCGAUCAUGUGGUGGCUCAUAUCAAGGACGGUAUGUGCGUGAUAUGCGGAGAGCCACAAUCUUCGACUCCGCGUAG